AUGCCGGAUAAACUGGAAAUAAUCUUUGUUCCCAAAAUUCUUGUAAAGAAAAGGAAAGAGAAAAGAAAUGAAGAAAUUGUGUCAAACAACCUACGAACUGCUUCUGGUGAUAUGGCUAUAUGUAGAGUUUUGUGUUAUGUGAAUACAGGAAACAAGAGGAAUGGUUCGAUUGAAGUUUCCCUUGAGAUUGUUCGGUCUUUCGAAGCUGAUGAUGUUGCCGAUGACCGUUUGAAAAAUGGGCUCCGCUUGUUACUUGAAUGUCCCUGUAGUGAUAUAAAACUGCAAAACAAUAGCAAAAUUCGAGUUAAGUUAAGUGGCAUAUUUACCCUGAAAAAGGGAAUUGAUAAAAACUACCUAGUCAUGCAUUACAAUUCAGCAUCUAAAGUUAACAUUCGAAUGUUUCCAUUAAUCAAAGUUCAAAAAAUAGACGGCAAUCCAGAUGGAAUAAUUGAGAUAUUCCACCACGUUAAAAAUCAACUUUUCCAUAUAAUCACACUAGAUCCAUGGGGGCGAAAAAUGCUUUUGCUACAAAAACAGGAAAGCACUAUAUAUAAAAGGUUGCACGAAAGGAAUGAAGACAAGGAAAGUCCGACCAAGGAAAAUUCUGCUCAAGUCGGUAAAUCCCAGCAAGACGAAUAUUUCGAUAGAAUAAACAUCGCUGCCAUCGCCGAUGUUUUAGAUGAAGAUCAAAUAUACAGCAUUUCAACCCAAAUUGGACUUCCACAUGAUCAGUAUGAGAAUAUGACAAAGGAAAUUGGAUAUUUAACACCACUUUUCAAGAAAGCAAAGUAUUUAUCAACAGCCUUACAAAUGCAUGACGAAUCCAAGGUACAGUUGACAAAGUUGAGAGAGGCUUUGUUUGCAAUCGAUAGAGAGAAUCUAGCUUUGAAAAUAGAAGCUUUGUAUUGGAGAUCAGAAAAACUGUCCAAAAAAGUGUUGAAGGGUCAUAUUUACUGAACAUUUAAGUUUCUUCAUUUACAAGGGAUAAAAUAAGUCAUUAUUUUCAUGCUUGUUUCGUAAUGAACUUAAAAGACUGUUAAUAGAUUCAAGUUCAGUUCAAUGUACUAUUAUUUCACAACUCACGAGGCUUUCAAUUGGUAAAUGGCAUUCAACCAGCUAUGGUAUUCUCCUACUUUUGUUGGCGCCUUUUACAAUAUAUUUGUUGAAUGUUGACUGUUUGAAACCUAAGUCUGUGAGGAGAACAUGAUCUAUUUAUUUAUUUUGUUUGCCUGGAACCAACUUUCAUUGACUAUAAGUACUCUUAGAACGAUACUUUAUGUCUUUUAUAUUUGUGUCUGUUGUUUUCGUGCUACCGACCAAUUAGAUGAACAAAAACCAUGUUUAUUGCUUAUAAGUGUA